GACAAGGCUUGUCGUGGAGUCAGACCAAAGAGUGUGGUUGCUGGCGCUGACGAGUCUCGGAUGGCUUUGACUCGCGCCGCUGAGUCACUCGUCUCGCCCCACCAAAACAAAGAUGGUCUCCCGGCGUGCAAGCAGUCGUGGCUAUCUGGGAACAGUCACGACGACGAACGGAGAGAAUUUCAGCCGACCGAGAGCGUGUCGAUGUCCAAGGGCAAAGAGCGUCAGAUCGAUGAGGAUGCCGAGCGAGCGACUCGCAUCUCUGGUGGGACGGCUGCACGAGCUGAGAUGAGCGAUUAUGAGCCGCCGGCAGCAGAGCUUGCAAAGUACCUCAAGACUCGGCCUCGACAGCUGAAGCGAGACUACAAGCACAGCAUACGAGAUCGCAAGCUGGCCAGUCAUCUCUCGGAGCUGUCCUCUCAGCACUAUCGCUCAGCGGCAGCCGCACAUGAGCACGACGAUCUUUUGCUCGACCGAUCUGCUUCUGGACUCCUCGAGCCAGAGAAUGACCUCGAGCGGACCUGGCGGGUCAGGCAGCGCGAGAUACAGGACUCCGUCGGCUUGUCUUCUGCUAGCAAAGCAUUCGACUUGCAACUAGACGACCUAGGUCCCUACGUGGGCGAAUAUACGCACGAUGGACGCCGGCUGGCGCUAUGUGGCCGCAAGGGUCACGUCGCCACCUUUGACACGGCCACAUACAAGCUCGAGACGGAGAUACAGCUCAAGGAGACUUGCAGGGAUGCAAAAUGGCUCUCGGAUGGCUUCUUGGCCGUCGCACAACGUCAGUAUGUCUACAUCUACGAUCAGCAAGGCCUCGAGAUACAUCAGCUCAGAAACCAUAUGGAGGUGACUCACAUGGAGUUCUUGCGGUACCACUACUUGCUCGCCACCAUCGGCAAUGCCGGCUAUCUCAAGUGGCAGGACACUUCGACCGGCCAGAUCGUCACAGAGACCCGUACCCGACUCGGACAGCCGGGUGCCAUGACACAGGACCCCGCCACUGCGGUCAUCAAUGUCGGUCACGCAAACGGUACCGUAACGCUCUGGACGCCGAAUCUGCCACAUGCUCAAGUCACUCUACUGGCGCAUGCGGGUCCUGUCAAGGCCAUCAGUGUCAUGCCUAGCGUGUCAGGCUCGCCUUAUAUGGCAACUUCGGGCCUCGACGGCAAGCUCAAGGUCUGGGAUUGCAGGACGUGGUCUGUCCUCAACGAAUGGCAAACCCGCCGGCCGGCCGGUCAAGUCGCCUGGAGCCAGAGAGGCCUUCUCGCAGCAGGCUGGGGCAAUCAGCUCGGCGUCUAUCGUUCUGCUACCUCGUCACUGAAGAGAGACGGCGCUGAGAAGCCUGGCUUGUAUCUUACUCAUGCUACGCCUGGCUCGGCCACCCAAUCACUCCGAUUUUGUCCGUUCGACGACGUGCUCGGCCUGGGACAUGCAAAGGGCUUCACUUCUCUCAUUGUGCCUGGCGCUGGCGAGCCUCAUUACGACUCUCUCGAGGCUGAUCCGUUCCAAGGCAAGACUGCUCGCAGGGAGCGACAAGUGCAGAGCUUGCUCGAUAAGAUACCUGCUGACCAGAUCACUGUUGACCAAGACAUCAUCGGCAAGCUGCUGAAGCCCAAGGAGUUAGCUGCCACGGCUGCUUUCGAUGAAAGACGAAAAGCUGCUCGAGCGACGCCGUUUGCUCGCUUACCGCGCACAGAACGUCUGAAGGUCUCCGGCAAAGCGGACAUCGACGAUGAAGACGAGGACGCCGAGAGCAUUGAUGAGGAGCAGAGGGCGCAGGUAAAGCCAGAGGUCAAUCGUCGAGUCAAAGGGCGAAGCAAGGAGAUGAAGCGACUCCUGCGCAGACGGAAAAAUGUUGUCGAUGAGCAGACGCUCGCGAUCAGAGCCAAGCUUGCGAAGCAGCGCGAAGCCCGUCUCGCAGGUGUCAAUACUCAGCAAUCGGCAGUCGUGUCUACAGGCGCCCUUUCCCGCUUCGGCAACCGCAAGCUAUAG